GAAGUCAACCAACAUCAGCAAUGCCUUUAACCAACUUCUCCUGGAUGCCAAACAUGGAUGUUUUUAACAUAUAUCCCUCAGGAAUUCUGGAAUUAACCGACUUUUCCAAAAAUGGGUUACAGAUUAAGUUUCUGUUUCUUGCAAGGCAUCAAUGACAACCCAGAUCUUCUCCCUUCACCGUCACUCUUAUGUGAUUCUCUCCUUAUAAAACACAGUUCCUCUGGAUAAACAUGAUAGAUAUUAACAAACCGAGAAGGAUACCGAACAUAGUUGUCAAUCAUGGUGGAGAUUAAGGUUGAAGCUGAUGACAAGGAACAAAAACUCCCACUCUUGCAAGAUGUACCAAUACCCAAUCGAGCAGAGAAGACCUUGAUACAGAAAGCUAUUAGUCAGACAUUUCAGAGCACAGCACAUUUAGCAAAUCUCUUGCCUACAGGAACAGUUCUCACUUUCCAACUCUUGGCACCCAUUUUUUCGAACCAAGGUAACUGUGACCCUGUCAGCCGGUUCAUGACUGCAGGGCUUGUAGCCCUUUGUGGGCUCUCAUGCUUCCUGACGAGUUUCACAGACAGCUUUAGGGACAAGAAUGGCAUUGUGUGCUAUGGGCUUGCUACAUUUCGAGGCUUAUGGGUCAUUGAUGGUUCAGCAACCAUAUCGCCUGAGCUUGCAGCAAAUUACAGGGUGCAAUUUAUAGAUUUCGCGCAUGCCUUAAUGUCCAUUCUUGUGUUUGCAGCUGUUGCUCUGUUUGAUCAGAAUGUUGUGAGCUGCUUCUGUCCAACACCAUCAGUUGAGGCUCAAGAAAUACUCACAGCAGUCCCAGUUGGUAUUGGUGUCAUUUGCAGCAUGUUGUUUGUUACAUUUCCUACCAAGCGCCAUGGAAUUGGCUUCCCACUAUCUGGCAAUUGAGUGCAAACUCCGUUGAUUUCAUAUGUACUUCAUUGAUCUUUUUGAAUAUGGUGACCGUUUGUGCUGUCCACAAAUCAUUUCCUACAACCGAACAAUUCUAGUCAUAACUUAUACAGACUGGUUUACCUGAA